AUGAUCAAAACUUUCACAAUGCUGCUAGGUCAGGUUUCUACUUUCUACCUCUUCAUCAAGGUCAUCAUCUCCAGCUUCGCAAUCCCAACUACCAACCUCUCCACACUUAUCGACCUCGUCAAGAACACUACACAACCCACAUCAUUGCUCGUCGAUCCAUCAUCCGUCAAAGACACAGAAGGAAAUCCCACCGUUGCCUUCGCUCUCGGUGCAACGAAAACCAUAGCUCCAUCUACACGGCUUCAUACUCAGCCCAAGGCGCACACUAUCAGCAAGCGACGUACAACGAUGAGGAAGUCGAGGUACGACCUCUUUUCCAAGAUCAACGAGAUGCCGUCGAGUCCCGGCAUCCAGUGUGCAACCAUGUGA